AUGUAAAACUGGGCGAAUAACAUUGGUGAUGAAGGUGCAUCAGACUUAGGUUCUGCUUUAGCAAAGUGCAUUAAUCUCACAAAUUUGACACUUGACCUUUAGUCUAAUUAAAUUGGUGCAAUCGGUACAUCAGGCUUAGGUUCUGCUUUAGCAAAGUGCAUUAAUCUCACAAAUUUGACACUUGACCUUUAGUCUAAUUAAAUUGGUGCAAUCGGUACAUCAGGCUUAGGUUCUGCUUUAGCAAAGUGCAUUAAUCUCUCAAAUUUGACACUUAACCUUGAUGAAAAUUAAAUUGGUGAUGAAGGUGCAUCAGGCUUAGGUUCUGCUUUAGCAAAGUGCAUUAAUCUCACAAAUUUGACACUUAACCUUUGGAUAGACAAAUAAAACCUCGACCCUCGACCCUCGUUAGGUUCUGCUUUAGCAAAGUGCAUUAAUCUCACAAAUUUGACACUUGACCUUUAUAACAAUUAAAUUUGUGGUGAAGGUGCAUCAGGCUUAGGUUCUGCUUUAGCAAAGUGCAUUAAUCUCUCAAAUUUGACACUUAUCCUUCGUGAAAAUUAAAUUGGUGAUGAAGGUGCAUCAGACUUAGGUUCUGCUUUAGCAAAGUGCAUUAAUCUCACAAAUUUGACACUUGACCUUUAGUCUAAUUAAAUUGGUGAUGAAGGUGCAUCAGGCUUAGGUUCUGCUUUAGCAAAGUGCAUUAAUCUUUCAAAUUUGAAACUUAUCCUUGGGUAAAAACAGUUUAUUUGUUUUGGAUU